CGACUGUUGUGUCGGCUCACAUCUCUGCGUCUUGGCCAACAGUCGCACUGGAACACACCGCAAAGACUUCAGCCGCCAGCCAAGAAGCACGUAUGCACUGCGCCUGCGUGAGUGGAAAUAACUCUCCUUACCAGCAGUCAGCCCCUGUGAGGAUGAUGGAGCGCUCCAUCUUCAGUGCCAAGUACAUCUUUGUGGAGAAUCUCUACAGGAGUGGCAAAAUGCCUGAGGUGGACUUCGCUGUCCUCAGCGAGUGGUUUGAUUGGAUCACAACUAACAUUUUCAUUCCUGUGGAUCUGAUUGUGUACCUGCAGACGUCUCCUCAGACCUGCCAUGAGAGGCUGAAGCAGAGGAGCAGGGAGGAGGAGAAAGUCAUUCCACUGGAGUAUCUGGAGUCCAUCCACCAGCUGCAUGAGGAUUGGCUCAUCAAGAAAAGCUCCUCCCCUCUUCCUGCUCCUGUUCUGGUGAUUCCUGCUGACCAAAACCUCCAGGAGAUGCUGCACCAGUACAAAGAAAACCGUGACAAGAUCCUCACAGCUAGCUCUCUCUGAUACCAAAUUCACACUCUUCACUUUUUAGUAACUUGACAGCAGAUUUCUCUUCAAUGGACAACUAUAUUUCCAACUUCUGUUUAGUCCAUAGGUAUUAACAGGGGCUAUUGCUUAUAUUUAGUAGCUAUUCUAAUGUUUCCUCACCAACAAUGGUAUUCUCACUUAAAGGGUGUAAAUGCUUCAGAGAAUCUUAAACUGUUCUAAUAACUCAGUUUUUUAACAAAGCACUUAAACAAUUCUUAACAGAAGUUGAAAAGACUCAAACUUCAAACUGUGAGCUUGAACUGAUUCAUUUCUCAUUUGCGGGAAGAUUUCUGGUCAUUUUUUAUUUAUUGGUUUGAUGUAUAAUUGAAAUGCACUUGGAUGUUGCUGUUACCCAGAUAUGACGUGUAAUGUGUUGGAUUGUUUACCUCAGUGAGUCCAUCAUAGACUAGACAAACACCAUUCCAGCUCCACAGAUAUCACAUGUGUAAAUCCACUGUACAAAUAUUUAAUUCAAGUAGGGACAGGUUCUCCAAUGUUUUUCUGUAACUCCUUUUAUCUAAGGAACAUUUGCUAUUUUUUACGAAUGUGACUAUAUUAAUCAGUGUAUUAUGUGUCUGCUCUUCUGUUGUUCAGAUAAUGUUAAUUGAAGAAUUUAUAAGGAAUAAAAUAUCAGAUGUUUAUACA